AUGUUCUGUUCCUGCUCCACAGAUCCUUGUGCACCUCCUCCAUCAGGACUCCCCCUGACCUCCUGCACAAGACUCCCCCUGACCUCCUGCACAGGACUCCCCCUGACCUCCUGCACAGGACUCCCCCUGACCUCCUGCACAAGACUCCUCCUGACCUCCUGCACAGGACUCCUCCUGACCUCCUGCACAGGACUCCUCCUGACCUCCUGCACAGGACUCCUCCUGACCUCCUGCACAGGACUCCUCCUGACCUCCUGCACAGGACUCCUCCUGACCUCCUGCACAGGACUCCCCCUGACCUCCUGCACAGGACUCCCCCUGACCUCCUGCACAGGACUCCCCCUGACCUCCUGCACAGGACUCCUCCUGACCUCCUGCACAGGACUCCUCCUGACCUCCUGCACAGGACUCCUCCUGACCUCUUCUCUCCUCCCUCGCCCUUCUGUUCCUCCUCCUCCUGCUCCUCCUGCUUGCCGCCCCUCUGCUCCUCCUGCUAAGCGCUCUAAGCUUUCCUCUGCCACUUCUCGUAAGCAACGUAAGCUUACUUCUGUUCCUCUCGCUUGGCGAUCCUCUGCUCCUCCUGCUUGGCGCUCCUCUGCUCCUCCCACUUGGCGCUUGGCUGCUUCUCAGGCCAAGUCUUCUUCUGCUCCUCCUGCCUCCCGCCCCUCUGCUCCUCCUGCUCUGCGCCCCUCUGCUCCUGCUGCUCCUCUUGCUUUGCGCCCCUCUAAUCCUCCUGCUCCUCUUGCUCUGCGCCCCUCUGCUCCUCCUGGUCUGCGCCCCUCUGCUCCUGCUGCUCCUCUUGCUUUGCGCUCCUCUGCUCCUCCUGCUCCUCCUGCUCUGCGCCCCUCUGCUCCUCCUGCUCCACGCCCCUCUGCUCCUCCUGCCUCCCGCUCCUCUGCUCCUCCUGCUCCGCACCCCUCUGCUCCUCCUGCCUCCCGCUCCUCUGCUCCUCCUCGCCCUUCUGCUCCUCCUGCCUCCCGCUCCUCUGCUCCUCCUCGCCCCUCUGCUCCUCCUGCCUCCCGCACCUCUGCUCCUCCUGCUGACGCUGCUCGGCUCUUACGCAUUAACCCAGCCCCUGUUGUCUCGCAGCCUGCCCCGCUGUUCCCUGGACCUGUCCCGGACUGGGUGGUGCAGAUGGAGGCGUACCUGCAGGAGCGGGAGCUGCCCUGGAAGGAGCAGAGAAGGUCAUGUGAGCCGCAGAGGCCUAUUCCACCGAUAACACACAAGUACUCCUUCUAUUUUUAA